AGAGCUAUGAGCCAAUUAAACCUGUUUUCUUCAUAAAUUUCUCAGUCUCAGGUAUUUCUUUUUAGCAAUGCAAGAAGGAACUAAGACACCAACAGAGAGCCAGGAGGUGGAAAUCCCAAGUCACUCUCCUGCUGUCUUCCAGUCUCCUGCCGGUAUGCCCCAGUGUCUCAAUUUCAUCAGAAACCAGAAAUAAAAAGAAUCCCACUGAUGUGGUACCGAGAAGCCACUCUCUUGGGAUGUCAAACAGGAUAAAGAAUGGAAAGCAAAUCCUCAUGGCAAAUGAGACUAUCCCUCUCACCUUCUUAUAUCCUCCUACUUCCUGAGGCUUUCUCUGCCUGAAGGUGAUUGAUUCCUGUCUCAUUUCAGCUCCAUCAGACUACUUUAACGUUGGGCAUGUCUUUCUCUACUGUCACUUUUAUGCAGAAAUGUUUGCAUUUUUCAAAAAUGCAUAGAAAAUAAAAUUUAAUUUUAAAAAGAGAACAUAUUUAUUUGUUUAGAAUAUAAGUUUGGCUGCUCUAAACAAGACAUGAAGUAGAAAUAUCUUAAACAAGAAAGUAUAAUUGUGCCUCUGGGUCACUAGGUUCUGAAUCUGCAGAUUCAACAAACCACAGGUGGAAACUAUUCCAAAAAUAAGGGUAUGGUUGAGUUGUGUAUGUACUGAACAGGUACAGACUUGUUUUUCCUUGUCGUUAUUUCUGGAAAAACUACAAUAUGACAAGAAUUUACAUAGCAUUUGCAUUUUGUCAUUGUUCUAAAUAACUAAAAACGAUUUAACGUAUCUGGGAGAAAGUGCAUAGGCUAUAUACAAAUAUCACAUAUAAGGAAAUUGAGCAUCUGCAGAUUUUGGUGUGUGCUGAAGUUCUGGAAAAAGUCCCCUGUGAAUACCCAGAAAUGACUGUCUUUGAAAUUUGAACUAGAAGCUCCAAGGCAUCACACAUCAGAAUUCCAAAAAUUGCUGCUCCCCAGUCCCUAGAGAGUUGCCCUCAUCCUUGUGAUCCUGCAUGGCUUCCAGCUACAUCAGCAUUUCAGCCUAUGGAAAAGGACGAGAGGAAGGAGAAGCUUUGCUCCUUCUAUUGAUCCUGUGAGUGAGGAAUUGCUUACAUCACUUUGUGAUUCUUCCACUUAACAGCACCUGGCCAUACGAUAUGAUUCAGCACCAAGGAAAACUGGGAUGUGGGUCCUUGUGCUGCUUUUACACUCUCAGAAUUGUUAUGUCACCAAAGAGGAAAAUGAAUGUUGGGGAAACCUAGCAGUCUCUUCACUCCUGAUUGUCUCUGACUUUGUGCUCACAUCAAGAUUUUUCAGGAACUCCUCAGAAAUAAUGAAUGAUGGGGCAGAGAACAGAAUUGGGACCUCAUGCAGGGCUCCAGGGACCAGGGACUGGUGUUGGACCUGCUCUUCCUGUUGUGAACUCAGGAAAACCCUUUAAUUCUCUAGGCCUUGGUUUCAUCUUAUGUUAUAUGAGGAUAAUACCAUAGAUGGUCUUUAAGGAACACAGGUUAAAUGUUGGUGAUACUACAGGGAAAAUGACAGGUAUGAGUUAGUCCUUAUGGAGCUUCGGAUUUCACGAGGAGGACAAACAUAUCAUACCAUAAAUAUAGACAGAGAAACUCUUUAGUGCCCUGAGUGUGGAUAACAGAGGUUCUCCUUUUCCUCCCAUUUCCUUUCUCGGCCAAUCAGGGCUGUGCCAGCUUGUCCCUCUAAGAGAACUCAUGAUGGAUGCAUUCACUCCUGAUGUUUCUCUGCACUCCCAGCAAAGGGUGCAUCUUCUGUCCACCAGGAGGCCUCCUGCCCCUGUGCAUCCUUAGGAUUCCAGAGCAAACGUGGCCUCUGAUAGGCAAAAAGGAACUCCUGAAUUUAUCCCUAAAUGGCGUUCACUCACCUCUAUUUUGUUCCCUCUUUGAAUUGCCUCUCAUUCCCUAUCUGGAGUUUGCUUAGGUCAGUUUUUUUUUUUCAAUCCACAAUUUUGACUGCCAACUUGGAUUUAACUUGAGAAUCACUCCUCUGCUUUACUCCUUUUAACAUGUAUAAUCGACACAGGGUGGUGCUGGGUAUAAAUGGCUGCUCCAAGACUGGAUCGUGAGUCAGUCCUGCUGGACUCAAAUUCAUACUAUAUCAUGUAUAACCCCUGGGACAAAUAAUUUCCUUUCUUUAUGCUCCAAUUGCAUUAUCUGCCAUAUGGGAAUAAUACCAAUUCUUACCUCCUGGGCUCUUCAGGUGACUAAAAGAGACAAUACCUUAUAAACUCUCAAUCAGCUACUACUAGUCUCCCAGAUUAGACCUAAUCCUCAUUCUCCAGUUGAAAUCUGCAUGAAUAUCUCUCUUUAUACUCCAAGCCCUACACGUCGCCUAUUUCCCCUCAUGAACACCUCUCAUACAAAUGUUUUCAUCAGCAAAGAAAUGCUACCAGAGAUCUCCUGAAAGAGAGAAUGAAAUAGGUUUACAUUGUGUACACUCAGCAGAACAUUUAGUAGUCCCCCAUAGAUAUUUCCACACUUCAGUUACCUCCAUCAGUUGUACUCAGACCUCAUCUGCACUUACUCUUUCCUCUGUUCUAUUGUUGAGCAAUUCAGAUGAGACCCAGACCCUACCCAAACACUGCGUACAAAAAUGCUUCUAGGUGUUCAGCAAAGCCACACUGAGUCUUCAUUUCAAAGGCACAUCAGUUGUCAAUUUCAGGUUUUGUGCACUCAUCAGUAAUUCUUCUCAACACAGAUAGAGCUGUCCACAAAUAGAAUUCUGAUGAAUGAAAUUUUCUUCAUCCAGUUAUACAUGUGUGUUCUAAUACCUUACAUUGUGCUUUCAUCUUUAUUUUCCAUUUCAUCCAAAUCUACCAGUACCAUUAGGCUCCUCAUGCAUGCAUUCCUUCAUUGAAAGAAUGUUUAUGAAGAGCACAGUGUGCUGGUCAUGGAAAUAGGCACUGUGAGUAUAAAAUGUAAAAUGUGGUCCUGUCUGCAAUGACUAAUACACUGAGUUAUUUCUCACCCACCAGGCCCAGCCAUUUUCACACUUAUCCUAGCGAAGGUCACAUUUUCCUCUCAUUCAUAAAGCAUGGUCUUCUUUCCUGUCCUAGUCACGAGUGUGUCACAGCCAUCUCUUUGUGUAUCUGACUUUCUCCAUCUGAGAUAAAAUAUCAGGCCCAUGAUACAGUAAUGAUCGGGUCCACAGCCCUGGCUGGAUGAGUUGGGGGUGUUUUGAUCCUAAUGUUAUUCCCAUGUCAGUACAGAACUUGUGUGGCAGUAGAGAGGGGUCAGGCUUCAGAGUCAAGAAGAACUGGAUUUCAAACUGGAUUUGAGGACCCCCACCUUUUGAUAGGUGACUUAUUCUCUGCGAGUCUCUGAUCUCUCCUCUUUAAAUGAGGACAGUAAAAAUCCCACAUGGCAGGGUGGUGGGGAGAAUCAGAGAUCACACAGCUGGUGAUCACAUCUGGUCUGUGUUCCCAGGAGCACCAGACUGGGGUUUCUGAGCAUGGAUCCAACCAUCCCAGCCCUGGGUACAUCAGUGACACGAAUCAACGGAACUGUGGAGACUCCUUGCUACAAGCUGACCCUGAGCCUCAGGGUGCUGACGUGCAUCGUUUCCCUUCUGGGACUGACAGGAAACGCGGUUGUGCUCUGGCUCCUGGGCUUCCGCAUGCGCAGGAACGCUGUCUCCACCUACAUCCUCAACCUGGCGGCUGCCGACUUCCUCUUCCUCAGCUGCCACGUUUUACGUUUUCUGUUAAGCCUCAUCAAUAUCCCCCAUACCACCCGCAGAAUCCUCAUUUGUGUGAUGACCGUCCCCUACCUUACAGGCCUGAGCAUGCUGAGCGCCAUCAGCACCGAGCGCUGCCUGUCCGUCCUGUGGCCCGUGUGGUACCGCUGCCGCCGCCCCAGAUACCUGUCAGCGGUCGUGUGCGUCCUGCUCUGGGCCCUGUCCCUGCUGCGGAGCAUCCUGGAGUGGAUGUUCUGUGACUUCCCGUUUAGUGGUGCUGAUUCUUGUUGGUGUGAAACAUCAAAUUUCAUCAUAAUCGCGUGGCUGACUUUUUUGUGUGUGGUUCUCUGUGUUUCUAGCCUGGUCCGGCUGGUCAGGAUUCUCUGUGGAUCCCGGAAGAUGCCGCUGACCAGGCUGUACGUGACCAUCCUGCUCACAGUGCUGGUCUUCCUCCUCUGCGGCCUGCCCUUCGGCAUUCUGGGGUCCCUAAAUUACAUGAUCCACAGGGAUUGGAAAGUCUUAUAUUGUCACGUUUAUCGGGUUUGCAUGUUCCUGUCCUCUCUAAACAGCAGUGCCAACCCCAUCAUUUACUUCUUCGUGGGCUCCUUUAGGCAGCGUCAAAAUAGGCAGAACCUGAAGCUGGUUCUCCAGAGGGCUCUGCAGGACACGCCUGAGGUGGAUGAAGGUGGAGGGCGGCUUCCUGAGGAAACCCUAGAGCUGUCGGGAAGCCGAUGCAGGCAGUGAAAGAGCCCCUGCCCUGUCAGUCAGACGGGACUUUGAGAGCAACACUGCCCUGCAAACCUUGACAAUUAUAUUCGUUUUUCUUAGCGUUGUGCCUCAGAAAUGUCUCAGUGGUAACUCAAGGUCUUCAAAUAGAUGUUUAUCUAACCUGACAGUUCCAGUUUUCACCCACGGAAAGCAUUAGUCUGACAGUACAAUGUUUAGAUUCUCCUUGAUAUUACCAACACAUUUUCCCUGUUAUCUUACACUGAAUCCUUCCUACUGAACACUUUUUCUGCACUUUUCAUAGUAAUAAAAGGAGUUCCUGUCCAAAACCCUAAAACACUGUUUAUACUUGUUUUCUACCUGAUAGUACCAAAAAGGAAGAUUCCUUAUUAAUCUCUCAGAUUAUGUUUCCCUGAAAAUCAUGUUCCCUUCUAUGACUGGAGGCAUUACUGCAGUUGGAAACUCGAUUCUGAAUAAGUGAGUUCUGCUACCUCUAAAUUCCAUUGAAUUCUCAGAUAUAAAGCAAAAUAAUGUCCUUAGAGAGAGAUUCUCCCUUCAUAAAAACAGUCUUAGAAAUUGGUUUUAUGAAUAGCCCUCUCCCGUCAUUUGUCCACACAUGGUCACACCUUGGCCUUGGUUUCUAGAAAAGACAACCAUGGCCCUUUCCCCUUGAGAACUGGUAAGUGCUUAUUUAGCUCUUCCUGGACUAAAGGACCAGUGAGGAGCCUGUAAAUAUACCCCACCAGUUCCAUUUUGGCCAUUGGAAACCUCAAUAUUGAUUUCAAACUGGAAUUAUCUUGAAAACCAUUUGUUAUUCAUUUACAGAGUCUUUAAGUGUAGAAUUCUUCAUUCUUCCAGGUUUUGUACAAAUUUUCUGGGUGUAACUUUCAGUUAGUUUUAUGGCUGUUAACAUAAGAAGCAAAACUGAAAACAUGUGACUUUUCCAUGCUAAUGUCAAUUAUAGUAUCUGGAUAAUAACUUACAGUUGGUACAAAAUUCUGAUACAUGGUACAAAAUUCUAAGUUGUGACUUAGGUGAACACGGAAACAUUGUGCUAAGGAAAAUAUGCCAGAUACCAAAGAAUAAUAUUGUAAGAUCAAAUUCUACAAGGUAUCCAAACUAGAAAAUUCGUGAACACAGAAAAUAAAUUAGGAGGAUCCUGGUGCUGGAUGAUGGAGAGACUGUGUAGCCAAUUAUUUAAUGAGCACGGACUUUCUGUGCAGAAUGAUGAAGUUCUUAAAAGGGACAGUGGUAACGGUUACUACUUAUUGUGAAUGUACUUAAUGAUAUUGAAUUGUACAAUUAAAAUGGUUAAAGUUAUAAAAUGUAUGUUAUUAACAUUUUACCACAACUAAAAACAUGUAAUUAUAAACACAGGAUCAGUACAAAAUUCAGGACUAUGCUCCACUAGUGGUUAUCCCUUCAACAGAUAACUCAAGCAGACAGAAGAGACCACCAAGAGAAGAUGUGACAUCACAGCAGGCUGUGUGCUGCUCACAGACAGUGAGGCUGCCCCUCAGAUUGACCCUCACUGAGGGGAGCUGACACAUGCAUUUUGAGUAUGCAGGAGACAGUACAAAGCAGUUAUGAAAGCAAUAAAGAGGUCUAUAGUUCUCCGUUUGUCCAACCAAAUUUACUGGUGACUCGUAUCACAUUGUUCACAACGUCGAACUCAGGUCCCCUGAGUCCAGAUCCAUUGCUCUUCCAGGACCAGCACUCUGCUGAUGCUGAAUCCUAUCUGUCCACCCUCAAUUUCCAAAUGCCAUAGUAGGACAUAGCUGUAGGUGAGGCUUUCCUACGUGUCGGAGGAAGUGGGAAGGCAGUGUUUGCAGCCAAUGCUCCAGGCAAGGAGCUUUAAUAUGAUGUCUUUAAUUCAGGCUGAGGGUUAUUGAGAGAGCCCAUUCUGGGAGUCUGUGAUAUCAAUUGUACAGUUCUGGAUAAAGAUGUUUAUCAUGAGGAAUUCUGUAGUGAAUUUUCACCUGGCAAUUGAAUUAAAUAAUAUUGGUUCUCACCUGGGCCACUGCUUAUUUUGACGUUAGUGACUCUUUCUUUUGAUGGAAGAAAAUUUCAACUUUAUGAAAACUUAGAUUCCGUCCCUGAAGCCCAUUCUGAACUCACUUGGCCUCACACAUUGCUCCACUACAGCACUUAAAAUAGUAUAUUUCAAUUGUUUGUCCUCACAUCUUUCUCUUCAACCACAUUCUGAGGUCUUUAAGAGCAGAGAACAUGUCUUUGAAUUUCUGGUGCAACAGACUAGGUGUGGAAUUUAGAAGUCUUGGUAACUAUUUUUCUCAAGCAGCUCCCACCUGAAAAUCACAGGUUUGUCCAACAUCUUGCAAAGGCUGGCUCAGUCACCAGGUCUCACUGGAACUCCUGCAGGUACCUCCCACACAACAGAGUGUCCUCUACAGUUGGUUUUUCUGAGAACAGCUGUUCCCUUUCAUUGCAGGUCUGCUCACUGCCUCCGGGAAGAAGAAUGGAGGGGAUGUGGGAGUCUGCUAGUGAAAUGCUUUCUUUCCCAGGCCAAUGAUAUCAUUUCCUCUCAGUUCCAUGUCGAGGAAGAGCGUGCAGGACAUCCUGGCGUGUUCCCCAGAAAGGGAGAAAUGAUAUAAAAGUCUCUAAUGGCACUUUUUGGGAGCUGCCAUUCAUGACUAUUUUUUAGGCAUGAAUUCAACAAACAUUCGAACCUAAUUCAUCAAGCACUGUGCUAAUUCUGCAUAAAAGCAAACACCUUUCAAAUAAGUCUCACACUAAUACAUUCCAUCUCUAUAUCCAAUUCUUUCCACUUCCUGAAGAAAAUAUAUGGAUUGAUGCUGAGCAAAUGCUGAGCCUUUGUGGUCAUUCAUUGAUGCUCUAGUACACCUGGGCUCAAGGGCACUGAGUCAUCAGCUUCACAAGAACCAAUUGGAUCUGUUUCCUGUCCUGAUUUUGACAAUUAGACUUGUCAAUAUAAUUACCUAAUUUAUCAAAAUACACCACAAAUCAACAAAAUACGAGUAUGAAAGAAGAACUGCGGUUUCCAUACAAACUAAUGUGAAUGCUUAAAGGGACAAUAAAAGCAGGUUCCAAAAUUAUUGUUAGUUUAAUAGGUGUGAGUCUGCCAACUCUAUCAGAUUAAACAAAAAUUAACAAUAUGGAGCAAUAUACUCAGUGAGAAUGCUAUGCAUCUGACGCUAGAAUCUACAUUUAAAUGAAUCCACACUGCAAGUCAUAGACAAUGAUUGAUAGAUAUGCUUUCAGCAAGAUAGAGUAGAAUUCUAUUUGCAAACCCUACACAAAGGAAUGUUCUGUAGUUUAGUUCUAUUAUAGUGAAUGAAUUCUAGGUAAAAAUGAAAUAUUCACAUUACAAACGUUUCCCUUUUUAUGAAUACUGAUUAACAGACAUUUUCAAUUAACCUAUCCACUUGCAUUCCUGAAUAUAUCAUUAAGUGGGCUUUUCAUAACAGCAUCUCUCACUUAUUCUACUGUUUACAGUAUAAACAGAUACUGAGCAUCUUCUAUUCUCUAGCUUGCAUGCCAGACACUUAGGAGUCAAAGUAAACACACCUACAUUCAUAGAGCACACAGCCUGUGAAGGAAGGACACUAGUUUAGAAAAGACUGCCUCCCAAAGUGACACAUGCUAUCCAAGAGUUGUAUUUGUGGCUCAAGGGUUCUCAAAGGAGAGGGUAUCUAAAAAUUCCCAGUUAUCUUGCUGCCAUCCUGAAGAGGAAUGCCACCCCCCAAGCACCCAGCUGAAGCAGAACAAUAAGAUUCCAAUAAAUUAGAGAAUGUUCACUAGGUGACUGCUCAUGCAAGACAACAAUCUCAGCAGCGGUUGUAUAAUUGAUGAUAUCAAAAGAUUAAUAGGCUGAAUCUUACAACAGCCCUCAAUCUAUAGUCCAACAUCACACCAAUACACAAUUCCUGAAAAGAUUUUUAAGAGACCCUACACGUGCUUAGGUCACAGGCAUUGCGGAACUAUCUACCACCAUUACCGUGUGUUCCAGCAGUAGAAGUCCUUGCCUCCAGGCAAAACCAAAUCAGCAUCUAGAAAUCCCAGGAUAUGUAGAGAAGGAGAAUGUGCAAGUGCUGGAAUGGGAAGAACACUGGACCUGGUUUCAGGGAUUUGGGAUUCUCAAGCUGACUGCAUGGCCAACAUGGGUCACAUGCUCAUUCCAGGAAAGCCAAGCAGAUAGUGAGGUUACGGGAUUGCCCCAGUCUGAAAUUGUGCCAUUUGUGCAUUUGUGCUCAGGUACCUCUUUUCAGAAUAGGUGGGUAAAGUGUAGCUUUACCAUAACUCUGGACUGAAGAUAACUGCUGUUGUGAUCCUGGCAGCCUGAGAAAUUCAUGUCUCUACGCAGUGACUAUAAUCACAGUAAUCGUACGUUCUUCUCACCCAUGUGGCAGUGACCUAGAAUCUGAAGAGACUGCUGUGAUGUUUGUUCUGUAUGACGGUGUGGCAUCCAUUGGGCACCAUUAUUGUCAAUGUACCAAUGCUGACUGUAGAUAUAGAUGGCAUUUGCUUGCUGUUACCUAACAACAGCAGAGUAUAGAAGAAGAAAUCUCAAUGCUCAUGCCCAUCAUAUUGGUCCAAUUGUUCUGAAACCUUGCAGGAUGCAAACACAAGGAAGGACAGCAGAGACAGAACAGAUCUCAUUUCUAAGUGUGUAUGUAGAAGUGAGUGGAUGAUGGAAGGCUUUGUGUAAUAGGUAGAAUGUUAACUGAUGACUACAAUUUACCCAGCAUUAUAAUUAUAAUUAUACCCUCUGCAAAUUUUGCCAGUCACCUCAAUCUUUGUACUGGGGAAGGAGAGAUAAAUAGGAUCUGGACAGAUGGAAAUGGGAGAAGAGAUAAUUUACAGUGGCACUGUUAAUAAAAGCAUAGAGAUUUUUAGGGAAUGGUGAAUAAUUCAUUCAUGAGUUUUAUUCCUUCUGUCACCCCAUGUAUUUGGUCAUGGUGGCAAGAUCCCUCUUAAAUAGAAGGAAAGAUACAGUCUUUUUCAGAUAAACAAAUACUGAGAAUUUGCCACUACCAAACCAGCACUACAAUAACUGCUAAAAGGAGCUCUAAAUCAGGAAAUAAAACCUCAAAAUACAACCUCCUUAAAGCCUAAGUCUUACAGGGCCUAUAAAACAAUAACUCAAUGGAAAAAAAAAAACCAUGUAUUAACACAACAACUAACAUGAUGAAUAGAAUAGUAUCACACAUCUCAAUAUUAAUAUUGAAUGCAAAUGGCCUAAAUGUUUCACAUAAAAGAUACGGAAUGUCAGAAUGGAUAAGAAUUCACCAACAAAGUAUCUGCUGUCUUCAAGAGAUUCACCUAACACAUAAGGACCCACAUAAACUUAAGGUAAAGGGUUGGUAAAAGAUAUACCAUGCAAAUAUAUACCGAAAGUGAGCAGGAGUACCUAUUCUUAUAUCAGACAAAACAAACUACUUUAAAGCAACAACAAUUAAAAAAAACAAAGGGGGAAAUUAUAUAAUGAUAGAAGGAUGAGUCCAACAGGAAAAUAUCACAAUCCUAAAUACGUAUAUCCCUAACACUGUCACUCCUAAAUUUAUAAAACAAUUACUAAUAGACCUAAGAAAUGAGAUAGAUGGCAACAUAGUAAUAAUAGUGGACUUCAAUACUCCACUGACAGCACUAGAAAAGUCAUCAAGACAGAAAGUCAACAAAGAAACUAUGGAUUGAAACUAUACCCUACAACAAAUGGACUUAACAGAUAUUUAUAGAACAUUCCA